CAUCCUAAAAAUUGAGCUAGUGAACUACAAGUGAUGGCUACCACAACCAAAACACGAUUUCCACUUUUGUUAUUGCUUGGAAUUAUAUUCCUAGCCUCAGUUUGUGUCUCUUAUGGCAUUGUCCAAUAUGAACAGGGGAACCCCUGUCUUAAGAAGUGCAUGCAGCGAUACAACAAAGUGAAUGAAGCAUUUAAACGCCGUGAGGAGGAAGAAUAUGAAGAACGUUCAGAACAUAGUGUACCUGGACAAAGAGAACGAGGUCGCCAAGAGGGUGAGAAGGAGGAAGAGCAUCGGGAACAACGGAGAUCUCGACGUGAAAGUGAAAGGGAAAGGGAAGAAGAUGAGCAAAAACAGCGUCAUCCUCACCAUGAAAGAGAGGAAGAGGAGGACGAAGAGUUUAGAGAACGGCGUCAUCGUGGAGAUACAGAAGAGACGAGGUUCAGGCGAAGAAAGGAGAGGAGGCAAGAGCAACAAGAAAAAAAGAGUGAGAGUAAAGAAGAUGAAGAAGAAAGUUCUUCAGAGUCACAAGGACGGAGGAACCCCUUUUUCUUUAGGUCUAACAAAUUCCAAACUAUAUUCGAGAACCAACACGGUCACAUUCGUCUUCUUCAAAAUUUCGACAAACGUUCUAACUUAUUUCAAAAUCUUCAAAACUACCGCUUUUUGGAGUAUAAGGCCAGACCUCACACACUUCUACUCCCCCAACACAUAGAUGCUGACUUCAUCCUUGUAGUUCUUAGCGGGAAAGCCAUACUUACUGUGUUGAACCCCAACGACAGAAACUCGUUCAACCUUGAACGUGGCGAUACUAUCAAACUCCCUGCAGGCACCACUGCUUAUUUAGCUAACCAUGACGAUGAGGAGGAUCUGAGAGUAGUAGAACUCGCCAUACCUGUUAACAGACCUGGUAAAUUUCAGUCUUUCUUCCCAUCUAGCAAUCAAAACCAACAAUCCUACUUCAAUGGGUUCAGCAAGAGUAUUCUAGAGGCAUCCUUCAAUACAAAAUAUGAGACCAUAGAGAGGGUUCUCUUAGAAGAGCAAGAGCCAGAACAAAGCAGAGGACGUAGGGGAAGUGAAGAAAGCGAAGAAGGAGAUGCAAUUGUUAAAGUGUCAAGGGAACAAAUUGAGGAACUAAGUAAACAUGCCAAAUCAAGCUCAAGGAAAAGCAUAUCCUCAGAAUCGGAACCAUUUAACUUGAGAAGUCGAAACCCCAUUUAUUCCAACAAAUUUGGCAAAUUCUUUGAGAUUACUCCAGAGAAAAGCCCACAACUUCAAGACUUGAAUAUAUUUGUCAGUUGCGUGGAGAUUAAUGAGGGAGGUUUGAUGUUGCCACACUUCAAUUCAAGGGCCAUAGUUGUUCUAUUUAUUAAUGAAGGAAAAGGACACCUUGAACUUGUUGGUCUAAGAAAUGAGCAACAAGAACAACAACAAGAGGAAGACGAGGAGCAAGAAGAAGAAGAGAGAAACAACCAAGUGCAGAGGUUUAGAGCCAGGUUGUCUCCAGGUGAUGUUUUCAUCAUUCCAGCAGGUCAUCCAGUUGCUGUAAAUGCUUCCUCAGAUCUCAACUUUGUAGGGUUUGGUAUCAAUGCUGAGAACAAUCAGAGAAACUUCCUUGCAGGUGAGGACGACAAUGUGAUAAGUCAAAUACAAAAUCCAGUUAAAGAACUUACAUUCCCUGGAUCUGCUCAAGAAGUUAAUAGGCUAAUUAAGAAUCAGAGACAAUCUUACUUUGCAAAUGCUCAACCACAACAAAGGGAGGAGGAAAGCCAAAGAAGAAGGGGUUCCUUAUCUUCAAUUUUGGGCGGCUUUUACUAAGUGAUCAACUAUGUCUCUAAUAAUAAACAUGUAUGUUGUAAGAGCUAGCUAGCUCAUAGAGAGUGGAGAAUCAAUGUGUAUGCUCUUGUAACUAUAACUUGAGCUCCAUCUUUCUGAUAUGAAUAAAUAAAUUAUGAGUAAAGUUGUGUCCCA